AUGGUGCUCAGCGUGGAUACUCCGUCAGCUAGCACGAGGCGGAUCGGUGUCAUGACGAGCGGAGGAGAUUCACAGGGCAUGAACGGGGUGGUCAGGGCGGUUGUCCGCAUGUCCAUACACAUGGGAUGCGAGGUCUACGCUGUUCUCGAAGGCUACCAAGGUCUCGUGCAGGGCGGAGAUGCAAUCAAGCGCAUGUUCUGGGACGAUGUCCGCGGCUACCUUUCCCUCGGGGGUACCUUGAUCGGCACGAGACGGUGCCAGGAGUUCUUCGAGAGGGCCGGCAGGCUCAAGGCCGCGAAGAACUUGAUCUUGAAGGGCAUCUCCGGACUCAUCAUCUGCGGAGGCGACGGCAGUCUGACGGGUGCCGACAGAUUCAGGGCCGAAUGGCCCAGCUUGCUGGACGAGCUGGUGCAGACGCGACAACUCUCGCCCGUGCAGAUCGAGCCGUACCGUCAUCUCAACAUUUGCGGCCUGGUCGGGUCCAUCGACAAUGACUUCUCGGGGACCGACGCCACGAUCGGCUGCUACUCGUCGCUCGAGCGGAUUUGCGAGAUGGUCAACGCCGUCUUCGACACGGCGGCGUCGCACAUGCGCGGGUUCGUCAUCGAGGUCAUGGGCAGAAACUGCGGCUGGCUGGCCCUGAUGGCCUCGAUCGCCACGGGUGCCGACUACGUCUUCAUCCCCGAGAAGCCGCCCGGCCAGGACUGGGUGGACGAGAUGUGCGAGAUCGUGGCCAGCCACCGCAAGCUGGGCAAGCGACGGACCAUCAUCAUCAUCUCCGAAGGCGCGCAGGACACCGAACUCAACAAGAUCACCGCCGACCAGGUCGUCAAGGCCUUGACCGAGAAACUGGACCUCGACACCCGGAAAACCGUUCUGGGCCAUAUCCAAAGAGGCGGCCUGCCUUCGUACUAUGACCGCUGGCUCGCGACCCUACAGGGCGUCGAGGCAGUCAAGGCGCUCCUCGAGGCCACGCCCGAGACGCCCUCGCCUGUCAUUACGGUCCGCGGGAACAAGAUCCUGAGGGCCGACCUGCAGGAAUGCGUCCGGCUGACAAAAGCCGCGGGCGUGGCCGUCAAAGAGAAAGAUUGGACCAAGGCCAUGAAGCUGCGCGACAUCGAGUUCAAGGACUACUUUGAUAGCUACAAGCUCACCACGUCCACGACCGAAGAGAGGCCUCGUCUGCGAUUGCCCAAGGAAAAGCACAUGCGGAUAGCCAUUAUUCAUAUCGGUGCCCCCGCGGCCGGCAUGAAUCCCGCAACUCGAGCCGCCGUGGCCUACUGUCUUUCUCGCGGCCACACACCCUUGGCCAUACACAACGGCUUUCCAGGAUUGCAGAGGCACCACGACGAUAAACCUAUUGGCUCAGUCCGAGAACUCAAAUGGAUUGACGUUGACGACUGGGUGAACCAAGGCGGUUCAGAGCUGGGCACUAAUCGAAGUCUACCGAGCGAAGAUCUCGCGCGGACUGCCUAUUGUUUUGACCUAUAUAAAUUCGACGCCCUCUUCUUGAUCGGAGGCUUCGAGGCCUUUACUUCGGCCAGCCAGAUCAGGAACAGCCGCGACAGGUAUCCGUCUUUUCGCAUUCCGCUCCUCGUCCUGCCAGCGACCAUCUCCAACAACGUCCCUGGAACCGAGUACUCGUUGGGCAGCGACACUUGCCUCAACACCCUAGUCGGGUUCUGUGAUGUGAUCCGGCAAUCGGCGUCGGCCUCCAGGAGAAGAGUGUUCGUGGUCGAGACACAGGGUGGCAAGUCUGGUUAUCUGGCCACCAUGACAGGUCUUGCCGUUGGUGCCCUGGCCGUUUACACGCCAGAAGAUGGGGUCAACAUGCACAUGCUGUUGCGAGACAUCGACUUUAUCCGCGAAGAUUUCCAGGACGACAAGGGGGCGUCGCGGGCAGGAAAGAUCAUCCUCCGAAACGAGCGCGCAAGUCAAACUUACACGACGCAAAUGAUCGCCGAUGUGAUCAAUGUCGAGGCACAAGGCAGAUUCGACGCCCGUGCUGCGGUCCCCGCCCAUUAUCAACAGGGAAUGAAGCCCUCGCCAAUUGACCGCAUUCGAUCGUUCAAGUUGGCGAUCAAGUGUAUGCAAUUCCUCGAAGACAACUUCGCUGGAAAGAGCCAGGAGGAAAUAAACGCCAAUCCCCUGAACGCUGCCAUCAUCGGCAUCCAGGGGUCCGACGCUGUCUUCAGUCCCAUGGGCAGCGAUUAUGGCUUGGAAGCGACACAGACGGACUGGAGACUGCGUCGGCAAAUUAACGAAUAUUGGCGGCCGGUCAAGGGUAUAGUUGAUAUCCUCAGUGGUCGACCAAACGACAUGGAUGGGGAUGCCGAUUAUCUCAAGCGGCCUGGAUCCCCGGGAGAAGCAUUCAACUCCGUCGCACCUAGCCGCGCAAUGAGUCCUUUGUCACAAAUUCUGUAG